AUGUCUUCUGAUGCAAAAAACGAUGAUGAUUAUGCACAACAUCAAAAUCAGUGUCUCGAAGAGCUGAAUCAUCAGCAACAAGAAUCAGGUUCAUUGCACAAAUCGUUACAAAACAAGCCACCUCUCUCGGAUGAUGGACAAAAAGCUGAUGAAAGUGUUGAAGAGAGUGUUAAGGGGCGGCCUCAACAGCAACAACUAGAUUUGGGUGGAAGGCUGGCUGCUCCAGGAGAUGAAGAAGAGUAUGCCUUCUGUUUUGCAUUUGUACAUUAUUGUGCACUUGCCGGACAUACGCAAGGACGUGCAAUGUCCAAUUUGUUUAGGGAUUAUAAGGAAGACAAGAACGAUCAUGGAUUGUCUGCAUCGCUUCUGCAAGAAAUGCAUCGACAAAUCUUUUCGAUUGGGGUGAGACCCGGAAGCAAUCAUGAUGAGCAUUGUGCUAGUCGCCGUUCUCUGAGAGAUGACCCAAAGUAUGAUGAACUUAUAUCAGCUUUGUAUCCAGAUAUUGAAAAGUAUGAGGAAGAGGAGACGGCUUUUCAUGAAGAGGAGAGGAUUCGCAAUGAACAGUAUUCCUUAUCUUGGGCAGCUCCAAACUUCUAUAGCUCAAACUACCCACCGACAAUCAGAGGCACGAGGAAAGAAGCGCUCAAGGGGAAAGAAGCACUAAGUGCUAGAGCCAUAGUUGGUACAUCUGCAAGGAGAUGGGAGGUGUCUCGAAGUCCUGGAAGAAACAAUGGAGCUAAUGAACAGCAUGGAUCUGGUGCCUGA